UUUUUUAAUGUAACAAAGUGUUUUCAAGUGCUGACGACCCGCCGCUCAAGCAGGCAAAGUAAAGGGUGCGCCGCCGCCUACUACCAACAUUUCACCGUGGGUUUCAGCGGAUCGAUCCGUGUUCAAACACCCAUUUUGCGUUCUGCAUAGUGUGGUGUCGAAAGCUUGGUCUUCAUUAACCAAAGAACCUCCUACUCAAGGAAAAAGAUGGGAUUGCCACAGCCAAGUUGUGGCCACAGGUGUCUGCGGGUUUCCCUGUUCUUCUACAUGUUCUUCUAUUGGAUCAUUGGGGUGACAAUCCUAAGCAUCGGCAUCUACGCUGAAGUCGCAAAAUGGAACUACGAGACGAUGGUGGAUGUAUUUGUUACGCCGUCAAGCAUCAUGGUGGUCGUGGGUGUCUUCAUGUUCAUCUUAGGGUUGUUAGGCUGCAUUGGUGCACUUAGGGAGAACAUCUUAUUGUUGAAGAUAUUUGCCUGGACUCAUGCUCUUAUAUUCAUUCUGCUUUUGGUAUGUGCCAUUAUCGCACUCGUCUUCAAGGGCCAGGCCAAGGAUCUAGUGAGCUCAUCAUUCAAGAAUGUCAUUGAGGAUUACUACAACGAUCCGGACAUCCAGUUUGCGAUUGACUCCCUUCAACAAAAUUUUGAAUGUUGUGGUGGAUUUGGUUUCCAAGAUUGGGAGAAUAAUGUUUACUUCAACUGUAACAGCCCAGGAGUGAAUGCAUGUGGCGUGCCGUACUCAUGCUGUAUAUCUACAAAGACCGAUACCGUCGCUAAUACUCUUUGCGGUAACAAUAUACGAGAGAACAAUCCACAUCCCUAUGCAGUGGAUGACCAAAUCUAUGUGCGUGGAUGUACCGAUGCCGUGCUUACCUGGGCUGAAGAUAACCUGGGGCUAAUGGGAGGAGUGGCCCUGGCAUUCUCCCUUACGCAGGUUGUGGGUAUUUUCAUGACUUUCCUUUUCAUCACCCAAGUGGAGCAAGAACGAGAUGAAUAUGAUGGCGGCCCUGCUUCAAAACCAAUGAAUCUCUAACACAAAAAAUAUACAUAUUUCAAAUUUGCAACACGAUUUUGUGAGUAAGUUCACUGGGAGACAAUUUGGGUCCAAUUUCACGGCACUGCUCGCAAUGGAAUGCUUUUGCGGCCCUGUAGAUGGCACGUGAAUCUACGGAUCAUAGGCGUAGUACUCCGCCGCAAUCAGUGCUUUGAAGUUUGGCCCAGGCCUCUGUGACUUGGUACAAUGCAAGUUGGUUUUUGACCCAUUGAAGCCCGGUUCAUACUUCUUGCAAAUGCGAAUGCAAUACAAAUCUGGACAUCACGUGGCUGUUUUCGCAGCGAACAUUUCGCUGGAGUUCAGCACAAGUCAACUGAUGUGAAUUAUUCAUUACUAAUUUGUGACUUCAAAAUUCGUAUCACAUUCGCAGGAAGUACAAACCUGGCUUACGGCUUUUCUCAUUAUAGCCUAGGCUUAUAGCCUUUCUCCCUAUAGCUCUGCCUUGGUUGUAUAUGGCUCCUGUAUUCUCUCUAUUUUAAAUCAAAAAAAUUGCAUGGAAUUUGACUGCAUUAAAAAAAGUAAAAAAUCAAAAAAUGAAAUUGCACUAUUAUAAUCUAAAAAACAGUUGAGAACUGUAGUAACUAGAUUGCAAGUAUAUAAAGAAAAUAUAAAGUAUGUUGUGUUUGGGUAACUGGGAGACCAUUUUAUUGUUUCUACCUACGGACAAGAGUUUGUAGAAGUUUAUAGUUUCCCGAUUACGCGAUACUGGAGCAAUACAUUGUAGGUUUUGCAGUUUGGAUUGCUUAUGCAUGCUCUUCGUAACUGGGAAUGUAUACUUUUUUUGGGGGGGGGGGGAGGGGUUAAACAUUCAGUGUACCUUUUUGAUUAAUGUAAACAAUUAUGUUAAAUACACGAUUGUACUUUAUAUGAAAGUGCCUAUAUGUUUUUUUUCAAGGGGUGUAGAUCGGGUGUAGGUUUUUGUUUUGUUUUGAUAUUAUUGAAUUCACCAUGAGGCUUGAUGCAGUUGUCUUCCUUGAAGUAGCAGAUGACAUUGGUAGUCACUAGUCAGUAGGUCAGCGACUUCCAGUAAAGCAACCCCCCCCUUCCAUUCAAGGGAAUGCCAGACAGCGAGUUUGCUUUCAUA